CCGCAACUCUCUCGCUCAGUCUUGGCAAUGCUAGGUAUGUAACUCCAAGGCAAGUACUUUUAACACUGCCACUUUCAAGACACACAUCACGACGGGGUUCAUUACGUCGUGGAGUAGCUGAUCGUCUGCACGCCGUCAUCCCUGCCCGGCACACGUCCUUAGCCAGAGCUUCGUUUUUUUCUCUCUUUGUUCUCACCCUUUCCCCGCGAUUGCCUCCUUCACGAUGACGCCGUCUCGGGACUUGUUGACCCCAAGGAGAAUCCCAUGCAUCCCAUCUUUGUGCACAACAGCCUCUCACGAGCCGGCCUACUACUAAAGCACCCUGGCUAGCUACCUUCUACAGAAUAUCAUCUUUAAACCAACCAUCCAUGCUCUCAUAUCCUAAACUAUAUUUUUUGAUCCCUUGACCACAUUCAAUCAUCUUUAAGAACUCGAUACCAGUUUCAAAAAUCCACAUCCUCGACAACUCAGACCGAUCUUCUCAUCCAAUCAACUCAAUAAAAGAAACUUAGGACCAGGCCCUCUCCAAGCGCAGAAAAAAAAAACAAAGGGAAACAGACUAAAAACAAACGAGACCAAUCACAAUCAUGACCAUGACAGAUCCCAGCACUGCCGGUAGUAACGCCAUGGCCGAAGGCGGCCAGGGUAGUGCACCGAUCCAGCAGGCUCCCGGCCUGCAGGACAUCGCGCCCAAGGACACCGGUGCGGCGCUCAACGACCCCUUCCCUGACAGGCGCCAGAGCGAUGAAUGGGAUGCCUCCAAGGUUCCCCCAAGCCGCUUCCAGAAGCGCAAGGGCUCCAUCUACUCGACGCCCGGCUCGCGUGAUGGUCAUGUAGACAGGAACACACAGCACAAGUUUCACGAGACACAUGCUGAGAAGGGAUACGGCGAGAAGAAGUAAAGAGAUAGAAAAACAAGACGUUGAUAUACCAACAAUUGUUGCAUUGGACGUAGUGGUAUACACUCGUCAUCUCUGGGUGUUGGGAAUAUGAGAUUGCCGCACGCUGUACGCCUGAUGAGACUUUAGUUAUUUUAAUUUGAGCAAGAACUUCAGGAAGA